AUGGCACCGAAAACGAGUGGAAAGGCUGCCAAGAAGUCGGGCAAGGCUCAGAAGAACAUCGCGAAGGGCGAUAAGAAGAAAAAGAAGCCUCGUCGUAAGGAGAGCUACGCCAUUUACAUCUACAAGGUCCUGAAGCAGGUCCACCCCGAUACUGGAAUUUCGUCUAAGGCUAUGAGCAUCAUGAGCAGCUUCGUUAAUGAUAUCUUCGAGCGCAUCGCAGCUGAGGCUUCACGUUUGGCUCACUACAACAAGCGGUCUACGAUCACCUCUCGCGAGGUUCAGACAUCCGUUCGUCUGUUGUUGCCAGGUGAAUUGGCCAAACAUGCCGUCUCAGAAGGUACCAAGGCGGUCACCAAGUACACGAGCUCGAAGUAG